UGACCGCGACGCCUCGGAGUUUAGUUAGAAGUUGGCACGUUGCGGCUCAGAUGACGCGAAGUGUGUGAGCGGUGUAAGUGUGUGCAUAGUAUUGUCGAGCGGUCCGACGGAAAGGAAAAAGUGGUUUAACGUUACUGUUCUGUCUAUGGUGGACUUGGAUUAUACGUGCAACAUGACUUUUGAGGAAUUAAACGGGGAUUACUCGCAAGAAAGGAUGGAUUCUGUGGCGAAAGCUUUGGAAGAGGUCAUCAUCGGUGCUUUGCCGCAAGGCUGUAUAACAGUUGGUGUUUACGAGGCAGCCAAGUCACUGAACGUAGAUCCUGAUAAUGUGGUCCUUUGCAUUCUGGCUACGGAUGAUGAGGAUGUCAAAGACGUGGCCCUCCAGAUCCACUUCACACUUAUUCAGGCUUUCUGCUGUGAGAAUGACAUCAACAUCCUGAGGGUGAACAACACCAGGCGCCUGGCAGAAAUACUCGGUGGAGGAGGAGGAGGAGCAGGAGGGAAGCAAAGUGGGGGAGAACCCAUGGACCUGCAUUGUGUCUUGGUCACUAGCCCACACUCGUCUUCAUGGAAGGAUCCCGCUUUGAGCAAAGUGAAUCACUUCUGCAGGGAGAGCAGGUGUAUGGAUCAAUGGGUACCCAUCAUCAAUUUGCCUGAACGAUGAACAGCCUCAUGACCAACAGCAAAGACCUGUCAGAGGACUGUUCUCCACACAGGAAGAGUUGUGUGAACCCGGAUGGACACAUAGCCACCCACAGACGAAAUUCAAUGGCACUACCGAUGGGAGGAAAAACAGCAACAUCACAUUUAAGGAAUUCGAAGGGGAAAAGAUGACGACCCAGCCAUCUAGAUGGGAUUUUUUUUUAAGCAAAAAGGUGGGGGAUGGAUUUCCAGUGGGACAGGACUGUUCGGAGUUGGGGCUCUUGGUUUGUGCAACCAAGAUGGCGAGGCACUUUUUUAUAUUGUCAGAAGGAUGGGAAGAAAAAGUAUGUGCUUUAUAACAUGAAGGUGGACUAUGUACAAAAGGACUGUAUCAAGCAUUUGUGUGUGAAAGACUUUGUAAGGGGACAUGGAGAGAAAGUAGAAUGGUGAGCUGUGUUAAGGCACUGUUGGGCUAGGCCUUUCUGUUCAGAAACAAAGUACUUGUUGAAACACUGGACCUUUGAAAUUUCACUCAUUUCUUUCAAGAGAAAAUGUUGAUGUUGUUACUAUUGUUACUAUUAUUUAAAAAGGGAAGGGCUUGAUAUCUAAUAGUAAAGAAGAUAUUCUGUGUAUUCAGUGUUUCCUAUGCAAGCUGGGGUUUUUUUCUACAUGUGAAAUAGUUCUGUUUUUUACAACAACAUAAGUUAUUUCUAAUGAUAUUUAAAUGUAUUUAUGUUUAAUUUUUUUUUAUUCUUUACUAUUUGCUAAAUCUAUACACCAGUCAAAGAUGUAUUGUGGUUUAAUAAAAAGUAUUUUGGAG